AUGAGGAGACCCCCCCCAGCAGAUCUCUGCACCACCAGCGACUCUGAGGAGCCAUUAGAUCUGGACAUCCUUGCUCCAGGUCUCCACACCAGCAUGGGAUCAAGCCACCAGCUCCUAUAUAAGCGCUCAGUCUCAGUUGCUUCACUGCUGAAGCAACAGCUCAAUGGAAGCCCCAAUGGGCACCAGCCACCGCUGAAGCAGCUCCCUCAGUUGCAGACAAGCUUGGCUCCAAACAUCAGGAUGCAGUUUACAGAAAAGAACCACAAGAGUUUUCUGAUACAGGCCCUCAAUGAACAGAGAAAGAACCAGGAGUUUUGUGAUGUGGCCCUCAGCGUGGACCAGAAAAUCUUCUACGCCCACCUCAAUCUGUUAGCAGCCUUGUCCCCCCAUAUUAGGAGUCUAAUGUCCAGCAAUGACACAAAAGCUGACGAAGUACUCCUUCUUAACUUGGAUACCACGUCCCUGAGCUCGGCUGUGGUGGAAGAAAUCCUUGACUACUUCUAUACUGGGAAUAUUGUGAUUUCUGAGAAGAACGUGGAGGAGCUGCUGAAGGGAGCCGAAUAUUUCAGUUCCCAGACUUUAAAAAGCCACUGCUCCGACUUCCUCCUUGCGUCCCUUAGGAAGAAGAACUGUCUCUACUACAUGCUUCUGGCCACCACUUAUGAAAUGAUAGACGUGGAAAAUGCUGCCUAUGAUGCUGUAAGAGACAGCUUCAAUUACUGGGCAGGCCCUGGCAUAACGGACUUUGUGCGUUGCCCUGAUCACAUCUUCGGCAGGCUCCUUAAAGAUGAUAAUCUUCACAUGCAAAAUGAGGACCAGACCCUUUCGGCUCUCCUCCAGUGGGUGAAAUAUGAAAUUUCUGAAAGGGAGAAGUUGUUUAAAGAGUAUUUCACCUACCUACGUUUGUCUGCUGUCUCCAGCAAGAUGCUCUUAGCUGCUUGCCGUGAAGUGGUACUCUUUUCAGACCACGCCGGCCCCCUAUCUCGCAUAGAGAGUACUUUGAGUGACCGUAACCAGGGAAAUCCUCAAAGCCUGAUGGUUCACCAAAGGAAAGGGGCAUUAAUGGACUCCGUGGUGGUUUUAGGGGGACGAAAAGAGCAGGGAAAGAUCCACAGCGGAGUUUUUGCUUAUAUCGUUGGAGAGAACAUCUGGCUAAAGCUCACAGAGAUGCCAUACAAAGCAGCUACUGCGAGUGCAACAUCCUUAGGGAAAUGCAUCUAUGUUUCUGGAGGAAGAGCAGAGCAGUCCUCUCACUUGAAGACAGCCUGGAAGUAUGAUACGGAUACAAACUCUUGGACCAGACUUCCAGAUCUGCCGAUAGGUUUGGCCUUCCACACCAUGGUGACUUGUGGGGGGGCAGUGUACUCCGUAGGAGGAAGCACGGCCCCAAGAACGUACACGUCAAAUAUCUACAAGUACGAUGAAGAGAAAGAGCAGUGGAUCCUUGCUGGGAAAAUGACUGUUCCUAUGGAUGCAACUGCGUUGAUCCCCAAAGGAGACCAGACUAUUUACAUUGUGACAGGGCGAUGCCUGGUGAAUAGGCACUUCUGCCGAGUAGGUGCGCUGGAUUGCUUUGACACUAAAACUGGGAAUGUGCAAUGCCUCACAUUCCCCAUCCAGUUCAUUCAAAAGCCCUUGCUGUCCUUUCCAAGGGACAACAUCUUGAGCAUACAGAGUGACAAAGAGAGUCUGGAAAUAAAUCUACAGAAAAGCAAAAUGAACAAAUCCACAAACCUUAUGCCUCUCUUGCCAUAUAAGGACAGCUUGCAUCUUUCACAUGCGGUGUGCUCUCUUGGGGAUAACAAAGUGUUUGUUUCUGGUGGCCUGAUUUGUCCAGGCAACAAACGUCCUGAGGAAUGUUCUAUCAACCGGCAAGCAUAUAUGUUAGAUCAAAAUGUGGGGGAAUGGAGGAUACUGGCUCAGCCUCCAGAAGCUGUGCAUGGUGCUGCUUGUUGCACAGCUAAGUUGCCAUGCAAGAUUCUCCAAAAAACUGCAGUCAGUUAA